AUGUACAUUGCCCCCAAACCCCGCCAACCUAUUCAAUCUUUUCCGAAAAUAAAAAUCGUCAGAAUCUCCAACGUGGCAACUUCCAUCUACAUCGCAGGCACACUGUGUCUCGCCCUCGGCCUGAACAGCUUCCUGCGUCCUACGCACGAAUAUCCACGCUUUGGCCUCCCCCUCGAAACUCAAACUGGAACUCCAUCCCCGAGUUCUAAAACGAAUGGCUCCAUCUCCCCACUGGUAUAUAUUAAAGCUAUCCGGGAGACUACGUAUGGUCUCGCUCUGAUAGUGCUGCAGUACCAGGGCCAGGAGCAAGCCGUUACCUCGUUGUUGGCGGUCCUGUCGCUUGCUGGUCUGGGCGAUGGAUUUGUGGUUUGGAACUAUGGCCAGCUGAAGACGAAGGCAUUGGGCCAUUGGGUGGCUUUUGUUGGGUUUUUGGGAUGGGCUUGGUGGAGAGCCACUUAUUAG